AUAUCUUCAAAAAAAAAAAAUAAAUUUGUAACUGAAAAGUUAGUGUAACAAAAAGGAAGUGAAUCGAUCAAACGAUGGACGUGAUCAAAACUGAAAUUAAACAGAGUUGACAUCUCUAGAAGACUAAGUUGCUUUCGCUUUCUAAACGCUUUUCAAAUUUUCAAAAUCCUUUGAUUCUUUGAAGAAUUCGUUUAAUAAUUUGACGCAUAUAGAUUGAUAUUUCAAGAUAAUCAUUUGCAGAUCUUGGCUCUAAAAUAACUGUUUAUGCAAUUAUUUUAAUGUUCUAACUUAAAUUAAUACUCAAAGCAUUUGCCAUAGAAAGUAAUGUUUUAAUCUUUGUAAAUACAAUUUUAUUAACGCAACUACAUUUUCAUAAAAAAGAAAGAGGGAGAAGAGGGGAAAGGAGAAAGCGAAGACGAUAUAUAUAGAAAAAUAAUGAUAGACGUGAAUAAAGGAAGAAAUAAUUUUCAAAAAUUACCAAUAUUGAAAUCAAAAUGUGAUUAUUAUACCUCUUCGUUAAAGACAAGUAGUUCAAAUAAAAAUCCAAUAAUUGGUUCUAAGUUAAAUAGACUAUCUGCAGAGGAAGAAAAAAAAUUAAAUCGAAAUAUAAUUGAUAAUUUUCGUACACCCACAAAUCCAGUUCGAGAAGCCAAUCAACAGUUCUUCCUAGUCUCAGAAUAUAAAGAUAAAAACUUUUUAAAGGAGGAAUGUAAAAUUGCUCAUGCGCAAGUGUAUAAACCACAGUUGAAAUCAAGAAAUCAAAGUCAAAAUACAUCGGGUAGAGUUGGUUCUGGUCCAGAUAAUAAAAAUAAUAAUAUAAUUACUACUCAAUUAAAGAGUUGUAAUAAUAUUAAUUGCAGAUCAGUAUCAUUGACAAAAUCUACAUCUCCAUCUGAAGAAAUUAAAAAGCGAAUUAAAACAAUUGCAAAUACUGCAACAGAUUCUUCUUCAGCACUUAAUGGAAUGCGUCGAAGUGUCAAUGUUGAGCAAAUUGGAACAACUGCAACCGCAGUCAAUGUUCACAAAGUUGAUCUCGAAUUUAAGGUUAAAGCAUUACCUACGUCUGCGAAAACAACAGCUGGAGUUGGAAAUUCAGUUACAUGUACAUCGACUGGCCUUGGAAGUUCAAAAACUAGUAACAGGCAGAUAAAACCUUUAGUUCAUAGAACUAUACCAACAACAACAAUAACUGCUGUUGCUGCAGCUGCGAGAUUGGCGGCGGCACAAAACAACGUUUCUUUUACAAACAGGGUCAAUAACAAUAGUAGCGGUAGCAGCACAAUAAACGGAAGCAAUACAAAUAACAACAUGCAAACAAGUUAUAAAUUAUCCUCAGAUCACGACGAUAUUAAAUAUAUUGACAGUGAUGAACCAACAACAGUCGUUCAAGAACGUAAACGUGAAAUUUGUGAUCAAAAUUGUUGUACACAAAAAUCAGCAAAUCCGCAUGCGGGAGCUGAUGCAUCAAAGACACGAAUUCGCCCAAAGUCGACUAUAAUAUGCUCUGCCACGAACCACGUGUUCGAGAAAGUAAACAAUUAUAAAUAUGCCAAUGGCAGUGUAGUUAAUGCACAAAGAAAUUGCUCGUCGAUAUGUAAGGGAUCCGCAAUUGGAAGCACUGAUUGCAUCAGUGAUAUACGUCGAAGUGGUAUUGAUUCGCAUAGCAUUAAAGCCUCGAUAGACAAAUUUAACAGCUUAAAUGAUCAAAAGCGUCUGCCUUUCAAUUCGGUACAAUUGCGAUCUCAUGGUGGCAGUGGAAGUACAAGUAAUUUGCAGCAUCGUCAUAGUAGUGAUUUUGACAACUGUAACUUACAACUUGGUAGUAACAGUGGUGGAGGGUCACUAACACGAGCCAAUUAUCGUACUUCUACUAAUGUAGCUACGCCUGCCGUAACAGCGACUAAUGGAAAACUAAAUACGAGCACGCAUCCAACACCAUCAAUUGCGUUAUAUUCAACAACUCGUGCUUUGCUCAAUACCAGUACGAACAGUGGGAGUAACACAAGUAGCUUACCAUCGAAAAGCAAAAACCACGAAUUGCUAAAUCGCUCAUCACCUUUAUCGCCAUAUUCAAGAGAUGCAAAAGAUAAUUCAUCUUCAGCUUCGAGUUCAGCUUCUAGCAGGCAGGAAAAUACCAAUGGCACUUCAUUGCAUGAGACAAAAAAAUUGAACUCGAUAAGCAGUUUGAUCGAAUCUGAUGACAGCAUUCGGAGUUCAUCUAUUCGGAGUGCCCUUCCGCCAUCAUCUCCUUCGGCAUCUCGUUAUUUAGAUCGUGAGACAGGUAGGACGUCUGCAUAUACCUCUAUUCAUAGCAACAAUGAUGAUGCGAUAUCUGGUAAGAUAUCUGGUGAGGAAAAAUCAGAGGGUCUAUGCGGUCUAAAAAAUAUUGGAAAUACAUGCUUUAUGAAUUCAGUUAUUCAAUGUCUAAGCCAUACGAGCGAAUUAACAAAAUUUUUGAGAAGCCAUAAUGCAGUUAGAUCUUCGCCGUCCAAAGAUCAGCAAAUACUUCAUGAGUUUGCUAGAUUAAUAAGAGAUAUGUGGUCAAAUGGAACCAGAAGUGUUACGCCAAUGGAAUUAAAGCGAGCAUUUUCAGCAAAACAUAGAAUGUACAGUGAUUAUAAUCAACAAGACGCUCAAGAAUUUUUGAGAUUUUUUCUAGAUUCGCUACAUUGUGCUCUCAAUAGUGGAAUGAAAGCAGGAAGUCUGAAAAUUGACGAAAAUUUAACAGACAAUAAGAAAGCUGACCUAACUUGGGAGUGGUAUACUCGACAAGAAAAUUCUCUGAUUCGCGAUCUUUUUGUCGGACAACUAAAAAGUACACUCAAAUGCACAAUAUGUAAUAAUGCCAGUGUAACAUUCGAUCCAUUUUGGGAUUUAAGUGUACCUCUGCCAUCUUCUUCGCGCUGCAAAUUAGAUGCAUGCCUAGACUUAUUUAUUCGCGAGGAAGUCUUGGAUGGUGAUGAGAUGCCAACUUGUUCUAAAUGUAAAACUAGACGAAAAUGUACCAAAAGUUUUACCAUUCAAAGAUUUCCUAAAUACUUGGUUAUCCAUUUGAAACGGUUUUCUGAAACGCGUUGGAGUAAGUUAUCUAACAUUGUAGAAUUUCCGACUAGUGAAAGAGAAUUAAAUAUGGGACCAUAUGCUUCAAAUAAAAGUAAUAGCAUCAACUACUCAUUAUAUGCUAUUUCAAAUCAUAUGGGAUCAACGGCUGGGGGUCAUUAUGUUGCUUUAUGCAAACAUCCAGUAACUAAAAAAUGGCAUGAAUUCAAUGACAAUGUGGUGAGCGAUGCGUUGCCAGAAUCACAUCUUACUUCAUCUAGUGCCUACAUUUUGUUCUAUGAAAGGGUAUAAGCAGUUUGAAAUCUUACUCUCGUCAUCAGUAAAAAUGAUUCAAUUAUGUUUUUUUUACUACCAAAUAUGCAGAAAAAAAUAGGAAAUUAAAAUUUUUUAAAUCAGGUGUGCAAUUUUUGGAUCCAAAGAUCUAAUUUUUACAAAUUAAAUUAUAUUUUGUAGUCAGGAAUUAAAAAUGUCCAGAUUUGUUUAAAAAAAAAUUGGAAAAUAUGAUAUAUACUAACAAACUUAUA